AACAUGACAAUAAAUUUGGGGAGUCAGUUGAGCUUCUAUGGUAGGGGGUAGCUACCGUUCAAGGCAGGUGCAUUCGCGUCAACUGGAUAUGUAGCAACCAACACUUGAACCCAGGCGCCAGAUACAACGACAAAACCAAAACCAAAACCAGACAGAAACAUCACCUCAUCCACCAGCCAGAUGUCGCGUCAAUCUAAGAAGCGCAAGGUCGACGAAAUGGCUACAGUCAAGAACGAAGAGGAAGACCUGCCCAGCCUUGGAAGAUCCCUCAAUUAUGGAAGGUGAGCUUUUGUCAUCGACAUUCGCACCUGCUCAAGGUCCUCCUAACUUUCUACAGCGCUCUCGGUGCGGACGUUACUGCGUUUAAAGUUGGCAAGAACGAAACAAUAUUCCGGGUACACACGAAAAUCUUGAGCGAAAAGGCCCCCUCCUUUUACACUCGCGCGGUUGAGGAGCAAGGUGGCUUGCUCCCAGCUCAAGAGCCUGCUAUCUUUGGCCUUUUCGUCGAAUGGAUCUAUACUGGACAUAUUCAGCAGAUAUCAAGGGCCGAGCGGGACAACUUGGAUGGGGAAGAGGCCAAUGCUCUAGAGGACUUGUUGUCUAUGGAGCUACUCAGGUUGUAUGGCUUUGGGCUGGAAUUCAAAAUUUCGCCUUUGAUGGAUCUCUGCAUUACCAAUUACAUGAGAGAUCCUUCAGCCUUCGAUUUCGAACAUUUUGAAUACGCCUACGGCAAUUUUGCGCCAUGUCGGCUUCGAAAACUCUUUGUUCUUUUCUUAGCAUACGAACUCACCUAUGAGAACCCAAACCCUACUGGAGAUAUCGGAAUACAAAAAAUCGAAAGACGAGCGUACAGCAAGGAAGUUUCCAGGUCGUUAGGAAAGUUCGAGGAUCUUAGGAUGGAUGUUGUUAGCUUCAUGCUGGCUCCUACUACCCUUGAGCCUCUGAGGGACAUGAAGUUGAAUCCACUAGAACUGGACCCAUGUCUGUUUCAUGAACAUGAGGGUUCCGAGGAGUGCAAAGCAAAGAAGAAGUGAUUCCUUACCUCUAGACUCCGCGAGGAUUCCAGGAAUACGAGAGGGUAGAGUACGGAGGUAUCAAACUGGGGUCUUGGGGAGAUAUAUCCAGAGGAAAUAAUUGCUUACAGUUAGCCAUUCUUGCGCUCUUGAGCUUGCCUUCGGGGGUUGGAAUG